AUGCAGCAGCGCGAGAGGCUGCUGUACGAGCAAGCAGCAGCAGCAGCAGGCGGGAGUGCGACCGAAGGAGGACCAUCCUCGCCAUCGACAUAUGAAGGCGGUAGCGGGACUUUCGCCGCAGAUGUCGUCGGCAAGCAGCUCAAGGAGCUCGAACCCGUCCGCCAGGUCUGGGAGAGCUUCGAGGCCAAGCGCAAGCAGCUUGUUUCGACCAUCAAGAUGAGCGAGUCGGAUCCUGACGAGGACAUGCGGGCGAUGGCGCUCGAGGAGCUGCCAUCGCUCGAGUCCGAGCUCGACGACGUGCGCGCAGAGCUGCAAGAGGUGCUGCUGAGCACCUCGGUCGACCCCAUCGAGGCCACCGCCGAGGGGGCCAUCCUCGAGCUUCGGCCGGGCGUCGGAGGUCAGGAGUCGAGCCUGUUCGUGGGCGAGGUGACGAGGAUGUACACCAAGUUCUGCGAGAACAAGCCGGCCGACGAGGACGGGGGCGGUCAGUGGCAGGUCGAGACGCUGUCGCUCACCAGCACCGACGUGACGACGAGCAGCAGCGGAUCGGGCCUGGGGCUCAAGGAGGCCAUCCUCGAGGUCAAGGGCCGGGGCGCCUACCGCCGGCUCAAGUUCGAAGCGGGCGUGCACCGGGUGCAGCGGAUCCCCGCCACGCAGAACCUGGGCAAGCUGCAGAGCUCGACGAUCGCCGUCAUGGUGCUGCCCGUCUCGGCCAACUCGGGAGAGUCGGCCAAGGCCGACGACGUCGUGGACCCCAAGGACGUCAAGACCGAGGUGAUGCGCUCGAGGGGCGCCGGAGGGCAGCACGUCAACAAGACCGAGUCGGCCAUCCGACUCACCCACGAGCCGACGGGCAUCACGGUGUCGAUGCAGGACUCGAGGAGCCAGCACCAGAACCGGACCAAGGCGUGGGACAUCCUCCGCGCCCGCCUGCUGGACCGCAAGAUGCGAGAAGAGGUCGAGGGCAACCGCGCCAAGCGCCUCGCCCAGGUGGCGGGCAUGGACCGGUCUGACCGAAUCAGGACUUACAACUUUCCCCAGGACCGUGUGACGGACCACCGCAUCAACCUCUCGCUCUCGGGCAUUGACUCGAUUAUGGAGGGCGAGCACGAGGUGGGGCUGGGGCUCGAGUACAUGCUGUCGCAGCUCGAGGCCGAGUCAAAGCGGCGCAAGCUCGAGGUGCUGCUGGAGCUGGCCGAGGGCGACGAGCGCCAGGCGGCCCAAGGUGGACCUGGCGGCGCUGACGCCGCUGGCGCUGGCGGCUCGAGCAACGGCAAGGGCAAGAGCAAGAAGAGGUAG